CUCCAACGCCACCGCGGCCGCCCGCGGGAAGUCGGCGCGCGAGUUCCGGUUCACCGCGCGUGUCCAGACAGCUUUUCGAAAGGUACGUGUGUCGGCGCCAAAUAGAGGAGAAGUGAAGCGCCGAUGAACAAGGAACGCCUAUGCGAUGCGAUGCGAUGCGAUGCGAUGCGAUGCAAGAUGUGAUGUGAGAAAAGAAAGACGAGCAGCCAUUUGUCAGACGAAAGUCAGUGAAGAGCCGCGCUUGCUCGCUAGACUGCAUGCACAAUGCACCAGCGGCACCUUAUCGAUAGGCGGUACUGUGCCGUGCUAACGCCCAUGCCUGUUGGUGCGACGAAGCUCCGCCCCGCGUCAACGGCACACAGCGACAACCACCAGAGUGAGCGACUGCACCUCGGCACUCGCCCGGACUUACUUGCCCUUCGAGCCACCAUGCAGUCCUCCGACACGGGCAGUCAUCGGACGAUCCCCGUGCUACUUCUCAAGACCAAGUCCACACCCGGCGACUCCUACCAGGAGCUCUUGUCGACGGCGCACCGCGGGGCAACACACGACCUUGCCUUCGAGCCGCACUUCGUGCCCGUGUUGCUGCAUCGCUUCGACGACAACGGCACCGGCAGACUCCAAGGCCUGCUCGAGCGAAGGAGUAUAGGGUCUUCUCCUGGAUGCGACUACGGCGGACUCAUCUUCACGUCGCAGCGGGCUGUUGAGGCCUUUGCGCAGGUGGUUCAGGAUGGGAGAGGUAGAGAUUCCAGCUGGCCACAUCUGCAGGAUGUUCCCAUAUACAGCGUUGGCCCGGCCACGACCCGCGCCCUGAGAGCCGUCGUACAAGAGCCCCGCCUGCAAAUAUUCGGCGAACACACGGGCAAUGGCGAAGCUCUAGCCCAUUUCAUGAUGCAGCAUUACGGUGAAUGGUAUCGCGACCGUCCGACGCGCCCCCCUCUGCUGUUCCUCGUCGGAGAACAACGUCGCGACAUCAUAGCCCGAACUCUCAUGGACCCAUCCCUCCCAGCCGCCGACAGAAUACGUGUCGAUGAGGAAGUUGUAUAUGGGACCGGGGUCAUGGAGUCGUUCCCGGAAGAUUUUGCUCGCAUGCUGAGCGCCACACACGACGCGCCGUCGAGAUGGGUCGUCGUCUUCUCUCCGACGGGAUGCGACAGCAUGCUCCGAUGCCUCGGCAUGCUCGACGAGGCAACCGGCAAGGCUAGGCACGUCCGAGAAGACACGGGCACCUACAUUGCGACCAUUGGUCCGACGACUAGGACACAUCUCAUUGAAUCGUUCGGCUUUGAGCCGCAUGUCUGCGCCGAAACCCCGUCUCCAGAGGGUGUGCUCCAGGGAAUAGUAGAGUUUGAAUCAAGAAGGCAGCAGUCUGCCGGUUGACUGCUCCUAGACAUGAUGACGUCGUUUCUUUUGUUUCUGUUGCCCACUGUUACUUGGAGUGAGAGGAGUGGAAAUUAGCUCGGCAUCACAUCUGCGCGGAUGCCAUGUUCCUCGAAUUCCCCGACGCGCAGCCACGGCCGCAAGCCACUGAU